AACCAGAAUUGACGUGACGACUGCGGAAGAACGGGAAGGCCGAAGACGGGAAGAGAGAUGGGAGUAACAAAGGAACAAGUUGAAACUUCCUUGACGGCCAAAUUGAAUCCCUCACAUAUGGAAGUCAUUGAUACCUCUGGGGGGUGCGGAGCUAGCUUUGCAAUUGAGAUUGUAUCAGAACAAUUUGAAGGAAAGAGACUGCUUGAGAGGCAUCGAAUGGUGAAUGCUGCAUUGGGUGAGGAAAUGAAAGAGAUUCACGCUCUCUCUAUAAAGAAAGCUGUGACCCCAGAGCAGUGGAAACAACAGCAAGAGUCCACCAAAUCUGAUGCUACUUCGGCUUAGCUUUGAUAAAUGUUAAAAGAUGAAAAUCUAGCUGCUUUAUCAUGCUUAUCAGCUACUGUAAUAAGAGUCCCAAGUUUGUGGAUUCUAGUUAUGUGGAACCUCAUUAAUACUCAAGUAUCUACCUACCAAUGAUAAUAUACUAGCAUACUAGUAUUUUAAGUUGCAGAAUGUCUGAUUUUUGGUAAAUUAAGUUGUCUGAGGCGUACAAUGUCACACC